AUGAUACUGCAACGAGUAGCUCAGGUGUGCGCCAGACCAAUAACCCUGAGAGGGUUUGCGACCAAAGCGAAGUCACCACCAUCAUUCCCGACAACGCCGACAUGUCCCUCGCCAACAUGUGCAUGCGCACCCACCCCCGAGUUCCCCGAGGGGUUUGAAAUUGACCACAAGACAAAUAUCAAUGGACUGAUUUCCAACUACGCGCAACAUGUCCUGGUUUGCACGGGCAAAGACGACUGGCCGUCCCGUAUUGAGGACGACAACAGUGGUGAUAACCUCGCUGCUGACCUGCGUGAGUUAGUUGGACGUGGGGGUCAGUUCAAUGAUCCGUUCCAUAACAUCUCAGUCCUCAACGCUUCAUUCCCCUCAUCGCCUGCUCCCAAAUCACGGCCUGAGUUGCAAACCACGUCAGCUUACCUCCUCCCUUCAUUCAAGUAUGUCCCUUGGCUACCGCGAGUCUCAUUUGACAGCGUUGAGGCACUGGUGAGGGGCUAUCUCCUCCCUGAAAAGCUGCACCCAUUGCAUGACGGGCUGUCACCCAUUCACCGAGACCGUUUACUUCGCAAACCCGCCUAUCAAAACGCUCUGUACGGUGUCAAGGACGUCGAUGAGGUUGUGGUGCUCAUCUGUGGACAUGGAGGGCGGGACCAGAGGUGUGGUGCUUAUGGGCCACUGCUGAGGGGCGAGUUUGAGAAACGACUGCCUGAGAAGGGCAUCGAGGUGGUUACAGGGCCGGUGGAGGUGGAGGUGGACGAGACAGUUCAGGCCCUGGAAGACGGGGAAGGGAAGAAGGACGAAAGAGCCAAGACGGCGGCCAGAAUUGGCUUGAUCAGUCAUAUUGGUGGACAUAAGUUUGCGGGCAAUGUCAUCAUUUAUAUACCUCCAAACCAGACAACCAAGGAUGGGGUGCGGCAUCCGUUGGCUGGUCAUGGGAUCUGGUAUGGGAGGGUUGAGCCGAGACAUAUUGAGGGCAUCGUGGAGGAGACAAUAUUGCAGGGAAAGGUGGUAGAAGAGCUCUUUAGGGGAGGUAUCACUCAGGAUGGAAAGAUUCUGCGACUUUGA